AUGGGGCGUUUACAAAGUCACGUGGACAAGGAUUACCUCGGCGCCCUCGACAAGGCAUUCAAGGUGAUCCCCAAUCCCGAAAGGUUUCUGAAACGCAACAGGUCACGAUGCCUCCGUUGUGCCGUGGUCGGAAACUCGGGGAAUCUGAAGAACAGCAGCUACGGGACCCUCAUCGACACGCACGAUGCAGUCGUAAGAAUCAAUCGGGCAAAGGUGAAAGGCUUUGAGAAGGACGUGGGGAAGAAAGAUUCCUAUCGAUUGAUGUACCCAGAAAGCUUCACAGACAUCACUCCAGAGACAACCUUUGUUUUGCUCGGCUUCAAGGUGUUAGAUCUGAAUUGGGCCCGAAGUGCGAUUACGACAGGCCAGAUCAAAAAGACUUACACCAGCGUAAAAGCAAAAAUCAAAGUAGCCCCUUCGAAGAUACUUUUCUACAACCCGACUUUGAUGCACCAUAUUCAUAAAGAAUGGAUCGACGGUAAGGGGCGCUAUCCAUCUUCUGGAACUUUGGCCGUUUUCUUCGCUCUUCAGUUUUGCGAUGAGGUGAGUGUAUUCGGUAUGGGGGCGAACAGCAAAGGAUACUGGGAUCAUUACUGGGAGGCCAACGAUGGCUCGGGAAACUCGGCAUUCCUCAAGACACACGUUCACAACUCCGAUCACGAGCUCGAAAUCCUCAAGAAACUGGCAGAGGAAAGGAUCAUCAAGAUGUACCAGGGGGUGCGAUAACCCACGUGACCUCUUUUAUGGUAUCUGGAUCCCGUUGAAUGAAAGGUUACUGUUAUGGUAACUUUGCCAUCCACUGGUAACUACCAUGGCAACAAUGCUCAACAGCCAAUCAGAAUCGAGGACUCUGUGAAAAAUACCAUUGGUGGGUGUUUCGUAAAGCCGUUCGUAAAGUUCCGCCUGAAUUUACGCACGACUGGAACAUUUUCUAAGGUGCAAAGUCAGUAACAUAGUGUCUUAGUGAUAUAUCAUUUAGCAAAAGAAAGGAUCACCAGUCAUUCGUAGUUUACAACGGCUUUGUGCAACACCCACCAGGUGUUUCCAUAAACAUUACCCCACCUUUUUCUGACGCCACUUUCCUGACACUCCAUUUCCCCUUUCACUUUGGCAGUGUUUUCAUUCUGUUGUUGCCCCCUCUGAAAUGAAUAUUCAUCAUCAGAAAAAGUGGGGUCAUGUUAUGGACACACCCAAUGAUAUUCCACUUUCAUCUUAUAACCGUUUGGGGGGAAAAUCGCCUUAAUAAAAAAAAAAAUAAUGUAAGAAGCCGUGUUGGUUUGUGUCUCCAUAAAAACAAGAAACCAUACCACAUCUUCUUGUACUUGUAAUCACGUUUCGUCAUGUUAAUCAUGAAUUGAAUUGAAUUGAAUUUAUUAGAACGUCACUGGAAUUCGCCAAAAUUUUGUUCAAAACAAGAAGUACAAAAUAAUACAAAACAAAUAUAUACAGUUCAAGGAAUAUAGGCAGAUAAACAAAAGCAAAAUAGUAUGUUUCACGUUUAUUAUCAAAUGUGGCAGGUAGUGUAUGAGCCGGGGAAAGCACGCACACACACAACACAACAAACACACUCAACAAAAAAAGAUACAGGUGCUGAUUCGAAUCCAGCUGGUCAAAUCUGAUAUAAUUGGAAAUGUUAGAGACGGUCCAGUUUCACAGUCCUCGUCAGAAUUCUCUAUUAUUAUUUUGGGGGUCAAUUUUGUGUCAGUAGAUUCAGCUGCUAUUCACGAAAUGAUGCAUAUUCUAUUGUUUGUUGGCUGCCUGCCAUAGCAACACCAAAAAAGUGACCAAAUUAUUAGUAAAGGUUGGGCAAACCUUUUAUAGGACUUAUGUGUGGGUCAGUUCGGGGGAGCGUUUCAUCAACAUUUUCAUCCGACAAGUUACUUGAUAUUGAUUGGCAGAGGAGCACUGUUACUAUGGCAACUGUCGGAUACAAAAUCCGACAAGUCUUUUCAUGAAACGCUCCCCAUGUAGGGCGGCUAGGGCCUCGUAAAACAAAGAUUUAUGAUUCCGUACACUGUAAAAAAAAUGAUGUGCUCAUUUAGCAAUUACAGUGCUUGUAAAGUGACUGCACUACGAGUGCUGAUUUUCUAGUUUAAAUUUGAACUAGAAAAUCAGCACUCGUAGUUCAGUCACUAUACAAGCGCUGUAAGUGCACUUAAUUUUUUACAGUGUAGUGCUGGUGCCAAUACACAUCUUUCACUUUAUAUUCAUAAAAAAAAAAAUCAGUAUGUUUAGUGUACAACACUGUUAAAACGUUGUUUAAAUUCUUAAGCAUGUUGUUUUAGCCCGUCACUUUAACCAGGGUUGCUAAAACUUUUUAACAAGAGGUGUAAAUGUUUAAAGUGGUGGUUAAAUCUUUUAAACACGUUGCUAAAAACUUGCUUAAAAGUUUAAACAAUAAUUGUUAGAGUGACAGGCUUAGUAUAAUCUAUGAGUACUUCAGCUUCCAAAAAUCAAUCCGGAGCAUUAUUGCUUUUCACAGAAGGUGCAUUGAUUUCUUCAAAAAAAUCUACAAAAAUCACAUAAUGUAUUUCAUUACAUUAGGUAGAAAAAAACCUUCCAUAUAAUUAUUCUUCCAUUUCCAUUUAUCUUAAACCAAAGCGGAGGUUUGAAUGUUGAUAUCGCCAUGAUGAAUAAGGGAAAUUACAUUGUGAACAAAAAGAUUUAUAAAACUAUUCGUGGCCUUUUCUUGAUCACCAUUUUUUAUUUGACUGGUGCUCUGACAAAAAUCAGACUUAAUUUUCUAUCAACCUUAUAAAAUUAACAAACAUUUCUUUGCAUCCAUAUGUUGAUAUCGCCAUGAUGAAUAAGGGAAAUUACAUUGUGAACAAAAAGAUUUAUAAAACUAGUUGUGGCCUUUUCUUGAUCACCAUUUUUUAUUUGACUGGUGCUCUGACAAAAUCAGACUUAAUUUUCUAUCAACCUUAUAAAAUUAACAAACAUUUCUUUGCAUCCAGAUGCUCGUUUGCAAUGAGAAUUUCGAUUAACAGUGGUUGAAAUUCAACUUUAGCUUAUAGUCUUAAACCAAUAUGAAAAUGUUGAAAUAUAAGAUGAUAUAUUAUACAUUUCUCAUAUAGGAUUUUUCGAAAGUGUAAAUCUUUUUAUACGUACUGUAUAGAUAUUUAAACUUUUUUACGAUACGAUAUUUAACAAUCAAACUUUCACAUAAUAAUUUUUCUGAUUUUUUUUUCUUUUGAACUAACUUUUCAUGCGGAUUGGUAUUCCCUUUUCAGAUUAUGGAAUGAAAUUGGAUAGUUAUUAUGUAGUUUAGGCUGAUGUGAAAAGGGGAGGGGGGUUACGGGGCUUCGUCAUGUUUUACGGUAUUUUAUUUUUAGAUUGAUGUUGAACCUUGAACAUGAAUAUAAUUAUGUGUAUACACCAUUGUUUGAUGUAUCAAGCAUUGUUUGUUAUUUGGAGUUUCUCCUUUGUUUCCAUCACGUUUAUUUAUAUUUGGUAUUGUAAUAUUCUCGUUAUGAUAGUUAUAAUAGACUCAUCACCUGCAUUCCAUCGUGUAAGUACUGCUAAAUUCGUACUCAUAUUUAAGUAUCUUUGUAUCAUUGCAUAACAUAACUUGAAAAAGUCUUGUAUGAAUGUCUAAAAGAAUUUAUUUUAUUGUAGAUUUAUACAUGCAUUAUGACAAAAAAUAUAGAGCAUUAAGAUCAAAAUGACAUAUUAUUAUAUUCAUCCUGAAGAUAAAUCACAUUUCUGAUGUCGCUUUUAUAAUAAUUUUAUUCAUAGUCUUUCGUUAAAGAAUUAUUUGUUUCAUGCAUUGUUGUAUCUUUGAAUUGAUUUGAAAUAGUAGAUAGUCAUGUGCUGAGUGAAAUCUGUUUUGCAAUAGAAUUUAAAAUGAUUCUUCAUGUAAUUCUCAGUAGAAAAAUUCGAUUUAUUCAGUCCUAUAUAUAUAUUGCGUUAAAUAUUCUUGCUUGCAUGGUUUUAUAUAGAAUUAUAAUGAUUGUGACAAUGUUAUUAUGAAUUCAAUUGUACACUGAAAUAAUUCGUACUACUAUUGCUAUGAUUGUAAGAUAUUUUAUCAAUAUUUAUCUUGCCAGUUUAUAGCUUUCCGAGAUCAGUUUGAUUUUUAUGAAAUUGUGCAAUAUAAUGAUGACAAUCACACAAUCUAUAACUAUAAAGGGAUAAUAAUGACAAUUCUCUUUAUAUUUAUUUUGAAUUCACCUUUGUUAAUUGCAGCUUGUGAUAUUUACUAAUAAUUGCAUAGAUGGUACUGAAGCAAAGUAACCAAUUUUCAGUUCAUCUAAAGAAAAAACUAAUCAAGAUUUUGAAAUUAUAUGGGAAUGUUAAAAUGUGUACAAACAGAAAGAAUUAAAAAUGUGGUUCUUUUAUCAACAUAUCGAGCUUAUCGCUUCUUCAUGACGUAUUUAGACAGCAGGAUUGGAGAUUAAAGGCAAAUUCAAGAACACGUUCAUUC